ACAGCACAGAUGAAUAUCUACCCUAGCGACAUAUGAUAACAUAUAUAUUAUGUAUAGUAUAUAUAGCAGCUGUUUAUUAUAGGCGAGCCACCCUUAUUCAAUGACAUUCCUUCGCCUAGCACUAUUUCGGCGUCGGUGUGAAUUGUAUUCAGCGCACUGUCCAACGACGAUCUAGUCCCGCAGCUCUAAACGUGCAGGUUUAUGAACAAUUUUAUCGUCAUUGGAUUGUGUGUGGACAGCCAAACACCAUCAACUAUACCUAACUAUACCUUUCACAGAUGAACAUCCGCCCCUAGCGGCAGCAGCAACAGCUGUUUAUUAUAGGCGAGCCACCCUUAUCAAUAACUUUCCUUCGCCCGGCACUAUUUCGGCGUCGGUCUGCAUUGUAUUCAGCGCACUAUCCAACGACGGUCUAGUCCCGCAGCUCUAAACGUGCAGGUUUAUGAACAAUUUUAUCAUCAUUAGAUUGUGUGUGAACAGCCGAUCACCAUCAACAAUACCUUUGAAUCCGCUGUCGUUGUCGUCGUUCGCGGUAUACGCCCAAAGUGAACGCCUCUCGCCGAACGAACUGUGACUUUUCGUAUAGCCGACGACGGUUUAUCAGCUGAGCCUACUUUCACAUUCGCCGACAACUGUGUACACGAUGCCGUUCAGUCUGGCGAAGAUCGCGUACUACAAAUGUAGCCCCGAAGACCGGAUGUGGUACAACGCGAUACCGGGUCACAAGUUGACGGUCUGCAUACAGGACUGUUGCGAACAUCUGCUUUCGGAAGACCCCCCGUUAGUGAACAGCCCGUUGCCGGAAGUGUGCUUCUUCGCUGCCCAGUACGGACACUACGACUGUCUGCGGCAGGCGCACCUCAGGGGGUUGCCAUGGAACCAGAACACCACCAACGUGGCAGCCCGCGAAGGCAACGUGGAAUGCUUGCGGUAUGCGCACGAAAACGGGUGCAAUACGCUUGGCGACAUGGUGGCGUUAAUCGGUGCCCUCGGCAGCCAACCGGCCACGCUCGAAUACUCGUUGCAAAGCGGUUUCAAUUUACCGCCCAAAAUCUGCACAAUGGCCGCGCGUUACGGUAACGUCGAAGUGUUGAAGCUCCUGCGCCAGUAUGACUUCGUGUGGGACGCCGUAACGACCAUGGAAGCCGCGCGCUUCAACCAGAUGGAAUACUUGGUAUAUUUGCAUGAGCACGGUUGCGUGUGGGACACAACGACGUGCAGCGCGGCCGCCCAGAACGGACACUACGAAAUCCUCAUAUACGCUCAUCAAAACGGAUGCCCGUGGGAUGCGUCGACGUGCACCUUGGCCGCCAUGAAUGGACACAUCAAAAUCCUCAAAUAUGCCCACCUAAAUGGAUGUCCGUGGGACUUCACGACCACCACAAUGGCCGCGCGAAACGGGCACAAGAGUUGUUUGAAGUUCGCCUGUCGGCACGGGUGCGUGAUGAACGGGAUGACGACCGCUGCCGCCGCAUUUGGCGGUCACCUCGAUUGCUUAAAAUACUUGCACCGGCACGGAUGUCGAUGGGACCAUCGCACGUGUAAGAACGCCGCGCUGGCUGGCCAACUCAAAUGUUUGAAGUACGCACACCGGAAUGGAUGCUCGUGGAAUUCGCGCACGUGUCAAUCGGCUGCGGAGGGAGGCAGCUUAAGUUGCUUGAAGUACGCGCACCAGAACGGGUGUAAAUGGAACUGUCGCACGAUCAUAGGGGCGGCCAUUAACGGCAAUUCGGAAUGUUUCGAUUACGCAUUAAAAAACGGUUUGAAGUGGCCUCCGAGAGCAACCUUCCGUAUUCGCUUCGGUGAGCAAAUUUAGACGAAAACGGCGUAUUUGGAGCAGUUUAAAAUAGGUGAAAUAUAAGUACCAUAUAAGAGUUAUGACCAUGUUCUAAACUUCAGAGUUGACUUAAAAAAAUAAAAUACUAUAAUAAUUAUAAUUUCAACAAAAUAUUGUGGUAACUGAUAAUAGUGAUGUUAAACCAUGUAUGAAUUUUACGAAUUUUUUUAUAAUUUUAUUAAAUACACAUUAUUCUUUUCCUCUUGGAAUAAGAAUUUGUCACCAUUAAUGUAUAAUAAUGUUAUUAUAUUACUGUUUUGCAAUUUUAUCAUACCUUAAUAUAACUGAUAAAAGUUAUUCAUUGAGUGCUAGAUGAAACAAAGUUACUAUGUAGUAAUGUAAAAAAAAUUAGAUUUGAGAACUUCAAAAAUAUUCUGAAUAAUCAAACUGUACCUGUAAAAUGUUUACAGUUAUUAAAAACUAUUAAUCUCGUUACGGAGUAUUCAAGUAUUUUUUUAUUGAGUACUUUGUAAUAAAUAUAUUUUGAAAAUACUUUUUUUUUCAUUUUACCGACGUAAUUUUAAUGACCAAUAUUUUAAUAUUUUACUGAUUUUAAAUUUUGUUUCAAAAUAAUGUUUUAUAAUUAUACGAAUAAUUUAUAACAAGAUUUAAUCAAAUAAGCAUAAAACAGAAGAGUUAACCGAGUCUUCUUGAAUUGAAAGUUCUCGAAUCUAUUAAAAUAUGUAUUUAAUAUUUAAUUUAAAUCCAAACAAAAGUACGACACUAUUCAACGAUAUAUAGUUAGUUUUAUCAUCAAAAGUUUAU